AUGAACGAGGUGUGUGUAACAAUAAACUCGGUAGAGUAUGGAUCAACGCCAAUAACAAUUCAAAAACAUGUCAAGCUGGAAGAGCUUAAGACGGUAAUUGGGAAAGCGAUAACUGACCUUGGAAAGACGGGCUACUCCGUUUUCCAAGGCGGGAAGGCUAUUGAGAACGAUGUCGAGCUCCAAGACCAUGAGGAGUUGGUUAUGGUCAUCCGCACAUCCCAAAAAAAUGCGAAAGCGGAACUGUUUGAACCAACCACAAUGGGGCUAAAGGAGUUUAAACGCGACGAGGAACCGUUAUCGCCGGAGGAGUUGAACAGAGUGUUAAACGGGCUUACACAACCACAAAUGAACGAAAUAGCAGUAUUAACAGAAAUUGGGUUUGACCAAGAAACGUCAUUUGUAGCAUAUUGUAUGUGUUCUGGCAACAAAGAGUCUGCAGUUGAUUUGUUGUUAUCAGGGAACAUACGAGUUGACAUGAGAAUAGUCACCGAAUUUGUGUGUAGAAAAUACCCCGAUGCGGUCAGAGCUGUAAGACCGGCACUACUCACAAGACAACGAACAUUCACUCGAAACGGAGAUAUGAACAUGGACAACUUCCUGUUCAGAGCGUUAUUGCAAGGAGAGCGUUUACAAGACUUGAUUGGCAGAGCUGGUGGAGACUACGACGCGAACGAAGAUGUGAGUUCUGGUGGAGAGGAUAGCGAAUAA